AUGGAUCGGACCCAGGAUUUAGUUCAUCGCUCAAUCACAUCGCCUCGAAGAGAGGUUAUACGGUCACGCGAAACAUCCGCAUACUCGUCUCCCAUCUCUACUUCGUCUCAAGGAGGGGUUUCCCCGAUUGGUCUGGGGAUCUCCCGUUGCGAAAUCGAAAAUGCAUUCGGUCAAAUGAGGGUCUUUCCUCCCACGUCUACACUGCCAUCGCAACUGGUUCCUGGAGCUCCAACUCCCACCUUCGCAUUGACUUAUGACGACUACUCCCGUGGAACAUGCUAUCCACCAGUUUACAACGGACUCGCCAAUAGUGUUUCGGAGACUUCGUUGGGGUUCUACAGCCCCACAACGAUGAGCGCGUCCCCCAGUUACAACUCUACCGUGGAGGUUGUCUCUGGCCAGAAUGUCUUCCCAAGCCAAAUUAGCGAUAUUUGGAUGCAUACGCCUUGCUCAGGACCGACAACGCCAUCAGAUGUUACGCCCGUCACUGUAGCGAAUGGUGCCGUAGGACACUGGGGCCAGAGUGUGUUUUCGGAUGCGUGCAUUCCCUCCACAAUGCCCCUAUUGCCCGUCAAUAACGUUGCCUACCUUGGGGUAAUGGGAGAGGAGAUUGGGUACGAUAGCUCUACCGGACACAGCAUCCACACUGGGCAAGUCAUGUCUCAACCUCAAACUUCUGCUGAAGGGACUGAUGGUGCCACAAACCCGAGCAAUAGAGAGCGCGGCUCUUCAAAUGACAGGCUAGUAUCUGCUAGUGGUCUGGAAUGCCCCAUUUGUGGUGCCAAAUUCACCCGACGCUCCAACUGUAAGGAGCACCAAAAGAUGCACAACCCUGAAUGGAAGAACAACCAUCCGUGUAAUGACUGCCACAAAACCUUUGGACGAAGCUCGGAUCUCAAAAGACACAUGAGCACUGUGAGUGAAAAACCUAGAAAGAACCAAGAACAGACACUAAUGAGGCCCUCUAGGUUCAUCUCGGGCUUCGAAAGUACAGUUGUGAUCGUUGCGACCGGCGGUUCAGUCGUCAGGAUAGUCUGGCUAGACAAGCAACGCAAUGCUGGAAAGUCUACCGGUCACGCUGAGCCUCACCAACGACCGUCAAACCACCGCCGCUCGGCUAGCUAA